AUGAUAAAUCGGAAAACCGCUGUCCUGCUACUGGCGUCACAUCUAGCGUUGACAGCAUGCCAACCGCAUGGAGCCCCCACGGCCACUUCGCUCGAAACACUCAAGGAUGAGCUCUCACCGGCUAGUUCCGAUGGAGGGCUUAUUUAUCUUGGUGUGAGAGAUGCUAUUGAUCGGGUCAUAAUUGUCGCCCGUGAUACAUCCACAACCUCCGAAUCAACAACAUCCACAACCGAAACGACUACUUCAUCUACAUCGACAAGCACGACUUCUUCGGAGACGACAUCGACAUCGACGACAACUUCAAGCUCAACUAGCACUUCAUCCACGUCAUCUACUUCAACUACGUCAACCGCAACAACAAGCUCAACCUCGUCCACCUCCACACAGUCUACAACUAGUUCAACUUCGACGACAUCCAGCAGCUCAACAACCACGACAAGUUCUUCUACGACGACCUCUACCGCGUCUGCUACGAGUACGACAAGUGCCGAAAUUGCUGAGUGGAAUCGCAAAGGAAACAUUGCAGCCAUCAUCUUCUCCUGUUGUCUCGUCUCGCUAUUUUCCGGUGUCAGCAUAUUACACUGCGCCAAAGACCGAGCCAAAUCCAAGCGAAUUGCCGCACGAGAGCUCCUGAAAGCUAAAUCGAUCGCCGCCGAGUCUCUUGUUGCAUCUAGGGGAGGCUCCACGGCUGAACUCAUUCCUGACCGUUCAUCGAUGAUGUUUAAAGAUAAUCCUUUUGGUGACCAGCGUCCACAGACUGCUUACAGUGGAGCUGGAUCAGCCAAUAAUGGUUGGGCAACUACUUCCCCGGCACAGCAACAAGCAUCAAUGGAGAGCUCGACAGCGGCCAAUGGGACUUCGAAUGGGGAUCACCAUCGUGGAGGAUUUGUUUGA